AUGAAGUUGUUCACAGCACCCAAGGCAUCCCAUCGAAACUGGACAGACCAUUUUCUGUACUUGACGGCCGUCAGUGACGCCUGUGGAGGUGCAGACAACCUUGUGCUGGACAACAUCGUCCAUUAUGCUGACCCACACAUGCGAACGACGAUGUUGUCCAGAUUGGACAUUCAUCGCAUCGAUUACCUGCGGCAAGCAGAAGAGUUGGCGCAAUUUGCCCAAUCGACGGAGGUGGACACUCACUCGAAGAGUUUUGGCCGCGAUGUGGUGAACACUGUCGAGGUUGCGCAGGAGUUCAAGGACAAACACAAAUCAAGACCGUCGCUACCACGCACCGACACCCGGACUUGUUUCAAAUGUGGAGAAGUGGGUCACAUUCGUUCGAGGUGCCCCAAAAUGAAGAAGAAGCCCUCGGGUGCGAAUUUCGUUUUCGCGGUUGGUCGCGGUGCGAGUCGCUCGCCCGGACAAUGGAUUCUCGACAGCGGUUCGAGUAGACAUUUGUUCAAUGACCCGAGUCUGCUGACUGAUCCGAUUGAUUGUCGCAGCGAGUGCAUGACUGCAGCCACUGAUGGAAGUGCGCUGCGGAUCACCCUACAAGGAACUGUAGACAUCCAAGUCGUUGCACUUGGAGUCGUGAUCACAGUGAUGCUCCUCAAUGUUCAGUAUGCGGAGAACCUCGAGCGUAACAUCCUUUCCUACGGAUUGCUCGAGGCAAAAGGUUGCGUACUUGAAUAUCGAGGAGGGAGGCGCGUGUUGUCUUCCGGUACGGGCGGUGCACCCAUCAUGGAUGUGGAAUGCUGCAACAACGUGUUGGUUGUCGCGGUGACAAAUCAUAGUGAUCGUAAUUCCAUGCCACCACAAGAGGCACUGAUGACUGUCGUCAACCCACCUGAAUAUGAAUCCGAUUCGGAUGUUCUAUGCGGUACAUUGAUGAACUUUCAUCGACGUUUAGGACACCUUUGUUUCGACACGAUCGUCAAGAUGGCGAACGACUCACCUGCUUGGUCGACAAGUUGA